UGAAGAGAAAGAAAGAAAAGUAGGGAACUUUCUGUUUUGGUACCCUUUAAAUCAGCAGCAAUUGGUCUUGUGGUGGCCUGAAGGGGAUCAAUUUCUAUUAGUUGAAAUUGUGAAGAAUGAUAUGCCAACCUCAAGCCUCUGCACUAUGAAUUAAUGGAACUUUCCUGAAGCAUCAGAGAACAAAUUUCGUUCUGUUUAAGCUUUGCUUCUAGAAGUACAACUCCGUCAUUGUCAAGAUGAAUUCGACACAUUCAGCAUUCUUCUUUUAUCCUGCGAUGAUGAACAGCACAGAGGAUCCGAAUGAAAGCAGCACCCUGAACAACAGGAACGACACAAGCUUUUGUGAGCAGGUGCCAAUUAAAGCUGAACUGUUUUUCUGUCUGGGCAUCAUCAGCUUCUUAGAAAACGUCUUGGUCAUCCUGGCAGUUGCUAAGAACAAAAACCUCCAUUCUCCCAUGUAUCUUUUCCUGUGUAGUUUAGCAGUGGCUGAUAUGCUGGUAAGUGUAUCCAAUGCCUUGGAGACAAUAGUGAUGGCAUUUUUAAAGAAUGGCUUUUUAGUGGCAAAUGACCAGCUCAUUCAGCAAAUGGAUAAUGUUUUUGACUCAAUGAUCUGCAUUUCUUUAGUAGCUUCAAUAUGCAAUCUAUUGGUCAUUGCCAUCGACAGGUACAUCACGAUUUUCUACGCUUUGCGCUACCACAGCAUCAUGACGGUAAAGCGAGCGAUUAUUUUGAUCAUAGUUAUCUGGGUUUUUUGUAUUUUCUGUGGUAUCAUCUUCAUCAUAUAUUCAGACAGUCAAACCGUCAUCAUUUGCCUUAUCACCAUGUUCUUCGUCAUGCUUUUCCUCAUGACUACUCUUUAUGUCCACAUGUUUAUGCUUGCCCGACUACACAUUAAAAGAAUCGCAACACUCCCAGUCCCCGGUGUGGUCCAUCAGAGGACGUGUAUGAAAGGGGCAAUUACCAUCACUAUCCUGCUUGGAAUCUUUAUCAUCUGUUGGGCACCGUUUUUCCUUCACCUCAUCAUGAUUAUAUCAUGCCCUAAAAACCCAUACUGCAUAUGUUACACUUCACAUUUUAACACCUACUUGAUUCUCAUCAUGUGCAAUUCAGUCAUUGACCCGAUUAUUUACGCCUUCCGGAGUCAAGAGAUGCGCAAGACGUUCAAAGAGAUUCUUUGCUGCUAUUGCAUGAAUUUCAACUUCCGCUGCAAGUUAUAACUUUGACAGGUACAAAAUACUGAGAGGAACAACAGUCCUUUUGCUCCAAAGUGAUGCUUGAACCUACAACUGUAAAUCUCAUAAUCAAUCAGUGCAUACAGAAACCAUGUGGACAGAACUUUGGAAGAUGGAACACAGUAUCAAACCCUUCAUGAUAUAUCUGCUGCAAAUACUCACUGCAGGUUUGCAAAACUGUGAAAAGCUAAGAGUAGUUAAUAUCUUGUGAUUCCCGUUGCAGGCCAUGUUCUUGUGCUACAGACAUGCAAAAUGAUGUGAUUAAUAAAUAAUAAUGAACAUUUAUUAACAUUCAUACAAGGAUACUUAUGUUUCUUUAGUAGACAACAGCUUAAUGUGUUUGCAAUAAAUGAAGACUGCACAAUUUAAACUCUGAGAGAUAUUUGCACAUAAUGAAUGAUACAUUAAAGUGAAUAUUUUAAAUUGUUUCCUGUCUAAUAUUCUGCUUCAUCAGUUGGCAUUUUAUUGAUUGCAACUGCUUCAUAUUAAUAUUCAAUGUCUGAUCAAGUAGCAUCUACAAUUCUCUGGAGGAUUAAUUGUUUACUUUUUCUGCUUUCUAAGACCUAUGGUAAAUUAUACGAAUAAUAACAAUGUAUGUCUAGGGUUAGCAGUCAUUUGCACACUGAGUCUUGGAUUUCCCUAUGCAAUAAGUUCAAUUAAAUAUGUAACUAAAGUAAUUGCUUGAUUUUGGCAGGUGAGCCAUUCAUGAAAGUAUAACAUGCUUAAAAGGAACUUAUUUCUGUUCUUAAGUUUCUGGGCUUUAUAUAUGAGUUUCCUUCAAUUAUUUUCUCUUCCAAGACUACACUUCAGCUUACAGCCAGACAUAGUAGAAAACAGAAUCACUCUUUUAAUGCAUCCUCCUUUCUGAACCUCUCUGUAUUUUGUUGCCUUUAUUACAUUUCUACGGCAUUGGUAUUAGCUGUUUUAGAAUCCCAAUUUUUUACAAUGCACUGUUUUAAAUGUGUUAAAGGCAUCAUUUGCAUGGACUAUCUAUUCACUUAAAGAUGAACUACAGUACAUGGUGUAAGCUAGGUCUCAUUGCUGAGAUAUGCAUGUUUUGUAUGUGAAGCUACUGUAUGUGUCUUUUGGAAGAAUAUUGAGAAGAAUUUAACAAAUUCAACAGAACUUAUAUAUUUUUGAAUCUUAUCUUUGCAAUAUCCGACAGAGGUACUCUAGACCAAAUGUUUCUGUCAAACUAGACUGCGAUAUUUGUCAAGUAAUUUUUAAAAACAUGAUUGAACCUGCAUUUUGUGUCUUUGUGUGCUUUAAAUAUAUGAAGUAUAUUGCACUCAGAUUAUUUUUAUAUUAAAUUGUAUGGAAAUUGGUACAAAAAUGGUUUACAUUUUCAAAAAUAGGAUUUAGAAUGGAAAAGAGCCUAUUAAUUGAAACUGUGAGCACCUUGGGAAAACUGUAUUUGAUUAAAACCAUCUAUGAAAUUUAGUAAACUAGAUUGCACAUUGAGUGGUUCUGUGUAGAGAGUUACUAAGUACAGUGUGACACAACAGUUUUAGUAAACACAUCUACUUGCAAGAUGCGGAGGGUUUACACACUUAUAAAAUUUGCUUAAUUAAAUACAACAUAAUUUUUAAAGAUUUUUAUAAGACCAUUAGAUAUAGGAGCAAAAUUAGGCCAUUUGACCCCUCGAGUCUGUUCCACCACUUCAUCAUGGCUGAUCCAAUUUUCCUCAGAACCAAUCUCCUGCCUUCUCCCCGUAUCCCUUUAUGCACAAGCUAAACAAGAAUCUAUCAAAUUCUGUAUUGAAAGACUUGGCCCCCACAGCUGCAAGUGGCAAAAAUUCCACAGAUUCAGAACUCCCUGGCUAAAGAAAUUUCCCUGAAAAUCAGUUGCAGAACACUAUUUUUGCCAACAUUAUGCAACUGAUUUUUUUUCCAAAGAGAAGCAUUAGAUGCAAGAAGUGUCAAGGAAUAAAGGGAGCGAAUGGAAAGAUGGUAUCGUGAUAAAGGAUCAGCCUUGAUUAUAUUGAAUGUCCAAGCAGGGCCAAAUGAUCUACUGCCUGCCUGCAUUUUGACAAUUGAUGAAUUUGUAAUCUCAUAUCAGUUUAAUAAUGACUCAGUCAUUCAGUCAGAGGGUGCCGUCCUGAAUCCAGGGUUGGCGGCUAUGCACCUCCAUCUUCUUCGAUCUUGCGACAGCACCGAGUACAGCCUCUCCUCCAGCUUGUUCUUGCUGGCUGCCUUGGCACCGCUCCCGCUGAACUCGAGCCCGAGACCGUGUCGGCUUCCAGCCGUGGCCGCUUCUUCGAGCUCGGCCCUUUCUUAGGCGGAGGCCUUGGGCAGUCCAGGCACACGGUGCAGUGCCCAAGUUCAUCAUGUCUCUUCUAACUAAGUGCAUAGCUUACGAUUCGUAGAUACGUGGUGAGGCUUUAAUCUCUUCCACGGAAGAUGGCCAUUGGCUCACAAGGAGCUCAUCCGCCCUUUGUCAGGUCUUGUUUUUUUUAGUCCUGCUGGGUGUCCUCACACCCUCCUCACCAGACUAAGUCCAGUUAAUAAUGACUACAAAAUAUUAAAAAAGCUGAAGUUAUGUAACUCCUUCCUCUCAUUUUCACACAGUUCCCCCUCCCCCCCACCGUGCUGAAGUUGAUAACUUAAUCUUUUAUUUUGAUGUUCAAGGAAUAGGGUCAAAUAACCAACCUUUUUUCUAUUGAACCGGAACUUUAAACAACAACAAGCUGAUAUGGUUGUAGGAAGAUCUUUACUGUUGAAUGGUCUGAUCAUGUUCUGAGGCCAAAUUCAUAUCACAGGGAAAGUAGACAUCUUGGUAUCAACUAAACAAGCAGAGGACAUUAUCUGAAACUUUCUUUCCGUAUGGCUCAGUUCUGCACCAAGCAACCUAUUCAAAAGCUGAGCCAUGGGUGUAUCCAGUGUAGAAUAAAAUGCCAUAGAAAACUGUGAUGUGUGUUCUUCACGGAAGAUAGUUUCACUAUUAGGCAAUAUUGCUACUACUACUUAAUUCAUGCAGAUAAUAAUACUUCUGCUUACAUUUGUACUUUAGUUGACUUAGUAUUUUGAGCAGUCUUCUGUUACUAAUUAAUUGUACCGAAGUAUAUGUUUGUAAUAUGUUCAAAGACUUGUGUUUAAUUGUGCCAACUGAAACCAAAUAGGCAUUUGGUCUGUGCCUGAAUUGUUCAUGUAAUUGAAUGAAAUAUUUAUUUUCCUUUGUUUUUGGUUAAAGGUUACACAAACUAGAUAUGACGGUCUGUGGCUAGGUAUUCCAAACAAGUGUAUGUACUUGCAGGAAGCUUAUUGAAGCUAGUAAUCUCUGGAAGAUCCAGGAAUCUUGUUCAGAUUUUAAGGACAGUGUAACCUUUUAUUGUUUGUUUAUCUGCUGUAUAUUGCAAAAGUAUAAAUGCAUGGGAUGCACAAUUCAAAAACCUGGAAUGUGUAACUUCUUGCUGGGAUUUGGUGUACUUCAAGCUCAUAGGCAGAAAGAAAAUCCUUUUAAGUACCAUUUUACAUGGGGCAGACAAAUGAAUGUAGAUGUGACAUGUCACCAAUAAGUAUAUGGUAUCAUGUUUGGCCUCUUGACUAAGAAAAUAUUCUUAAUGUAUUUUAGCCAGCCAGUAUUUGACACUGGCAGAGAUUAGUGUUUUGCUUACAAUUAUCUCAUGGAGAAAUGUCAUUGUAGUUACUAGGAAGGUCUUAGCCCCUCGAAUAUUUACAAUUUAUAUUAGUACCCCUGAUGAAAAGUCAGAGCGAACAAUACAAAGAUUUAUGGCAACAAAACUAAGUGGGUGAAAGGUUUAAAAAAGGAGAUUGCAAAUGCUCAAAUGAGGACCAACAAACAAUCUGCUGAAACAAUACAACAGAUCAUGCAGCAUCUGUUGGGGGAAAGGAAUUGUCGAUAUCUUUGGGUAUGAACUCUUCCUCGAGACCAGGCAAUAAGUCUUCAAAUCUUAGAAUCCUAAUGUGUCAUCUUGUCCUAAAAUAACAAUAAUUUCUUCCCCUUCACCCCCACAGACGCUGCUUGACCCACACAGUUUCUCCAGUGGAUUUUUUUUUUGUAAUAUAGGAAGAUGUGAAAUUAUUCUCUUUUGUAGGAAGGAUAAAGUUUAUUCUUUAUAUUUGUUUUUAACAUAGGAGGGAGCCAUUCAUCCCACCGAGUCAAUGCCAGAUCUCAGCACAAUUCUUCCAUUCUCUCAUGCUUUUCUUCCCAUAAAUUGCUGCUUGGUGGACUAGAAAAUUAUUAUUUUCACAAAUUCCACAUUCAUACAAAAUACACUGAAAGAUAAGUAUUUCCAUCAAUAUGGGUACAUUUACAAUAUGUUCAAGCAUAUAUUCCAUCCUCAGAAGGAUGUUUCUAAUUAAAAACUCCUGUUGCCAUGUGAAAAUUUUCUAAGAUUAAACACAUUUCAUUCCUGUAAUUUCAUUUUCUAAGUAACACCAAAGACAAUGCAUUUUGAACAUUUAUCUGAGUUCCAUAGUUAUUAGUUAAGGCUCUCUGUAGUCAUGGAAAAAAUGGUUAAAUGGAAUUUAGAUGGAGAUCAGCUGUGACUUAAUGCAAUGUCGGAAUGGAUUUGAGGGCUGUAUGACCUUUUCCUGUCCCUAAUUUAACCCAGUCUAUUUUGCUAUUUCUUUGCUGGCUGGCUAACAAGGUUUCAGAUGCAAGCAUUGUUUAUACUGCAUUGACAGAUACAUUGUGCAAAAUCUUAAAAUUUAUAUAGGGAAAAUCAUAAACUUGACUUCACUGAGAAAACUGCAGAAGAUUGUAGUAUAUUAUUUUGAUGACAUAUACAGUGAUCCCAAACUAUCACAAGUGUACUCCUUGUUUAAUGCUGUCCAAUUCCACUUUGUAGUAUUGAAAUGCAAAAUGUUGUGUAACUGUCUACUUCAGAGCUAAAGAUUGAGCAAUUGAUGUCAAGAAUUUAUUGUUGUAAAUUGUGUUAUGCAAUACUAUCUGCUAUAUUCCAAACAGUUUUCCAAUUCCGAAAUAUGAACCUUAUAUCAAUAAAGUGGGAAUGCUUAAUUACUUACUUUCACUUUUUUCCUUUUUGAAUAACAAAAUAUUUUAGUGAUUCUACAUUUGUAUAUUAUGUAUAUUUGGUUUAGUAUUUUAAAAUAAAUCUAUGUCUUGACAAAUAUAAAAUAGAUGCCAAU